CUCUACUAAUCAAUCAUCCUCUCUUCUGUGCAGCAGCAUGCAAAAGGUGGGGAUGAUGGAGUCAAGAAGAAUCUCGACAGAUUCAGCGCGCUCCCUGACGACGUCCUCCUCGCCAUCCUCCAGCUGCUCGACCUGCGCGCCACCGUCAGAGUCGCCACCGUCGCGAGACGGCUGAUGCAUCUCCCUCGUCUGCUCACCGAUCUCGUCAUCAACGUCGCUGACCUGAUACCGCACUCCGGGGAUUUCUCUCGUCACACGGCCGACCAUGUCAUGUCGGCGUACGCCGACGCCAUCAGGUGGUUCCUUUCGGCUCCCGCAAAGCAGCGGAGCAUCAAGACCCUGCGCCUCGCCUUCUACCUCAUAGACCCUUACCUGCGUUCCAUCGGGGACGCCGUCGCCGAGACCGGCGGCGCGGAGCGCCUGGAGUUCGCCAUACGGGCACACUUGUACCCCAUCAACAGGGUCAGGGAUGUGCAGGACGCCGUGUUUGCACGACGCCUCGUGGCAUUCGUUGCCGCCUGCCCCGUCGCCUUCGGCUGGCUCACCAGACUCACCCUGCAAAACAUCAGCUUCAGCGACUCGGAGAUGCUACAUCUUCUCAACGCCUGCAACCGGCUAGAGCUCCUUUCCUUGAUCCGUUGUUGUGCCGUCUCUAACUCGAGGUGCUCCAUCCUACGGAUAGACGCUCCCAGAUCGCCGCUCCUGGCCUUGGAAAUCCGUGAGUCCUUCUACCCAGGAGUCGAGCUGACAAGCCUCCCGAAACUGGAACGGGUCUUUUGCGAUGACAGAUUAGAUAUCUUCAUCGGGGUCUUCCCGGUGCGGUUUGGCAAUGUUCCUCGCCUGCACCACAUAAACCUAGCGGCGCCACAUCUGAUGUAUUACUCCUAUAGGAAUCCAGGACAGCACUUCCCGGCGCUCAGUAACCUGAGAGUUAUUCAUCUCAGCGACCUAGACAUUCAAGAAAUGUUCUGGACUCUUCACAUCCUCCAUGGCGCGCCAUUGCUCAACACACUAUCCCUUAAGGUAUUUAGUCCUCGCUGUUACCUGACCAAUGUGGUGGAAGAAGCACCAGAUUUUGAGCACCUGAACUUGAGUCUGCUGGAGAUCAAAGGCUUUGCUGGACUUACAGCCGACUUUGAAGUGGUGCGGUACAUCCGGAUCAUCAUGGAGCGUGCUGUCUAUUUGAAGAAAAUCCACUUAGUUGAACAGCACCCCUUUCUUAGAAGUUGUGGUGGUGUCAGCUGCUCACGCUGCCAGGUCAUCGAGCAACAAACAAAUCUAUUAAGCAAGCUAUUUGCUGACGCCGGUAGGGCACCGGAGAUAGCCAUAGAUUUGAUGUCCGGUGACACUAGUUUCUGAGUUGUUACAGAGUUCGUAGCUCAUGCAAAGGUGCUCAUUGAUAUGAUGA